AUGGGUUGGGGAUGGAUAUACGAAGGAACAGUGGCAGGAGGUUCGCUGAUAGUGUUAGGAUGGGGAGGUCUGUGGUUUUUAAAUCAAAGACUUUACAAAGAAUACGAAGAGAAACGUCUUCUGGUUCAGAUCAUAUUCAGCGUUGUUUUUGCCUUGUCUUGUAACCUCUUUCAGCUCGUGCUUUUCGAAAUCAUUCCCAUUCUUUCCAAAGAGGCGAGAUGGAUAAACUGGAAGGUGGAUCUAUUUUGCCUUAUAACAUUAUUGGUCUUCAUGUUGCCUUAUUAUCACUGCUACUUGAUGCUUUGCAAUAGUGGUGUGAGCAAGCGACGUGCUGCAAUUGGAGCAGUCCUGUUCUUAUCUGCAUUUCUAUAUGCUUUUUGGCGAUUGGGGAUCCAUUUUCCCAUGCCUUCACCUGAUAAAGGAUUUUUCACUAUUCCACAGCUCGUCAGUAGAAUUGGUGUAAUUGGUGUAACUGUUAUGGCUGUCUUAUCUGGAUUUGGAGCAGUGAACUUACCAUACAGUUAUUUAUCUCUCUUCAUUCGAGAAAUCGAAGAAACAGAAAUCAAGGCUUUGGAAAGACAAUUAAUGCAGUCAAUGGAGACCUGUAUUGCUAAGAAAAAGAAAAUCAUUCUUAGUCAAAUGGAGAUGGAACGAGUUCAAGGGCAAGAAGAGAGUUAUAAGACCGGAUCCUUUUUCAAGCGGAUUGUUGGAACAGUUGUGCGUUCUGUGCAGGAUGACCAAAAGGAACAAGAUAUUAAAGGCAUGGAAUCGGAAGUUCAAGCUUUAGAAGAGCUCUCAAAACAGCUAUUCUUGGAAAUUUAUGAGCUUCGGCAAGCUAAGGAAGCUGCUGCAUAUUCUCGAACCUGGAAAGGUCACUUGCAGAACCUACUUGGCUAUGCAUGUUCAGUAUAUUGUGUCUAUAAAAUGAUAAAGUCCUUGCAAAGUGUUGUCUUCAAGGAGUCUGGCUCAGUUGACCCUGUGACCAGGACAAUCAGCAUAUCCUUGCAGUUUUUUGACAUAGGCAUUGAUGCAGCAUUAUUGUCUCAGUAUAUAUCCCUCUUGUUCAUUGGAAUGCUGGUUGUGAUAUCUGUUCGUGGAUUCUUGAAUAAUCUGAUGAAGUUCUUCUUUGCGGUUUCUCGAGUUGGUAGUGGAUCCUCUAGCAACGUUGUGCUUUUCUUAUCUGAAAUCAUGGGGAUGUAUUUUGUAUCUUCAAUUCUUCUGAUUAGAAAAAGCUUGGCAAAUGAGUACAGAGUAAUCAUUACAGACGUAUUGGGUGGAGACAUUCAGUUUGAUUUUUACCAUCGGUGGUUUGAUGCUAUUUUUGUGGCUAGUGCUUUCCUGUCUCUGCUUUUGCUGUCUGCACAUUACACAUCUCGACAAACUGAGAAACACCCAAUUGAUUGAUCAAGUUUCGUAGUGCAUACAGUGUGUUGUAGUUUAUAAUACGGUAGUCUCAUCUUUCCCUUUCACAACGUAAUAGGAAAUAUACAAACAAUAGAUACACUUAUGGUGUUAGCCUCAGUUUUGUACCAUGAUUAAUUGGAGGAUUGACCUUUCCAUGUAAUUUAGGUUAACGUAUAUGAUUGAAUGAGUAGCUACUUUCUUAUGUUGUUA